AUGACAGCCGAGGGUUUGGAAAAGAAGAUAGAGGUGAUCUCUAUAAACGACUCAGUUCCUCAGGAAACGGGGCCAGUGGUUCCUCAUGAGAGACAAGUUGUAGAUGCAAUCAUUGCGAUCUGGAAAGAAGAUCCAACCACAGAAUCAUUGGGAAUACCGAAGUUACAUGCCAUUGUCAAAAACAAGUAUCCAAACUGGUCUGUUUCAGAAAAAAGAGUGAAGACUUUAUUGAAAAAGUUUGGUCUUACUCCCAAUACGAACACGGAACAAUUCACCUAUGCCAGUGAUAUCACUUCAGAGGAUACCCCACAUAUCCAGUUACCAGCCAAGAUCCAAAUCGUCAUGACUUCAAAGAGAGGUAAGGGUUUAUAUGCCAAACAUAAAAUUGCCAAAGGUGAGUUGAUCUGGGAAGAAACUCCUUUAUUUUUCAUUCCUCCUUUGGCCAACAUCAACUUGGUUAAGACAGGCAAGGCUUGUUCUCACUGUGGAAAGCUUUUACAAACUACUACUGGUAGCUCAAUGUUGAAGGGAUUGGAUUGCAAUGUUUGUCCAGAAGUUUGGUGUUCACAGCAGUGUAAGAAGCUCGAUAGUGCAAUUCAUGGAUUGCUCAAACAUAAUGUCUACAAUCCUAAUAAGAGAUUGACUUCCUCCAAAAUUAUUGACUCGGAGUCAUUUUUGGAACUUCAAGAGUACUGUUUGAAAGAACUGUGGAAUGCAUUAUAUGCCAUCGCUCUCAUCUAUGCCAACAUCUUAUUGGACAAGACUGGAGUCAAGGAGAAACAGUUCCGAGCCAUGGCAAGAGUUUCGCAAGAUAUAAGAUACAAAGCAUUGAACUCAUCUGCGGGAGCAUUCGACACUUUACUGGGCGGUGCUUUGUUUGUACAAGAACAGCAGGAGACCUUAUGGAGAGAAGGGUUUGAAAAGUUCAUUCGAGUUUUCCCAACAUCAACCUCUAAGCUCACUUACAAGGAGUUCUUGUUCAUGAUGGGUACCUACAACAUCAACAACUUGGACUCAUGCAUUUUCCUCACGCAAUCGCACUUGAACCACAACUGUGACCCCAACACUAAUGUAGACACUUCGCCUGUCAGAACCGAGGGAUUAAAGGUAUACGCUGCCAGAGACAUUAGAGCUGGCGAAGAAUUGACCACUACAUAUGUCAACCCGGCUCAUACCGUUCAACAGAGGCAGAGAGAGUUGAGAGUUAACUGGGGGUUUAUCUGCGGAUGUCAGAAGUGUAAGGAGGACGUGAAGAUCCAGCACAGAAGAAAGUCUUCCACUGUUCCUGCUGCCUCCAAGAGUGAAAUCAGAGACAUGUUGAAGGCUGCUGAGAAUCACGUAGGAGAAGAAGGCAUUGAGUUGACUCCUCCAGAAGUAAGUGGCGAGAGAAGAAAGUCGGUGAGAUUCGACGAAAAGGUGAUUGCCGUACAAGAAUAG